GCGCGCGCCUGGUCAUGUAUUCCUUCCGACCAUGAUGCACCGCGGAGUGGGGUUGGUUUACGUGAGCCAAGAUGGCUGACUUUGAGGAGCCGCUCUCGGAUGAGGAGAAGGUGCGCAUCGCUGCCAAUUUCAUAACUUAUGCACCACCAGGAGAAUUUAACGAAGUUUUCAAUGAUGUGCGGUUGCUGCUCAACAAUGACAAUCUUCUCAGGGAGGGGGCUGCUCAUGCAUUUGCCCAGUACAACAUGGAUCAGUUUACCCCGGUGAAACUUGAAGCACAUGAAGAUCAGGUCUUGAUAACAGAGCAUGGAGAUCUUGGUCACGGCAGAUUUUUUGACCCCAAAAGCAAGCUUUCAUUCAAAUUUGACCAUUUGAGGAAAGAAGCAAGUGAGUCUCAGUCUUACGAUGGGGAGUCUAGCUUGAGACCCUGGAGAGAUGCUUGCGACGAUGCCCUUAGAGCAUACGUCAAGGAGCAUUAUCCUAAUGGUGUUUGCACGGUCUAUGCUAAGACAAUUGAUGGACAGCAAACAAUUAUUGCCUGCAUCGAGAGCCACCAGUUUCAACCUAAAAAUUUCUGGAAUGGCCGUUGGCGAUCGGAAUGGAAAUUUACCAUCAACCAAUCCGUCACUCAAGUUGUGGGAGUACUCAAGAUACAGGUCCAUUACUAUGAAGAUGGGAAUGUUCAGCUGGUUAGCCAUAAAGAAAUUCAGGAGUCCUUGACAGUGUCUAAUGAAGCCCAAACAGCCAAAGAGUUUGUGAAAAUUAUUGAGAACUCUGAAAAUGAAUAUCAGACUGCCAUCAGUGAAAACUAUCAGACGAUGUCAGACACAACUUUCAAAGCCUUACGUCGGCAGCUUCCUGUCACCCGCACCAAAAUCGAUUGGAACAAGAUCCUCAGUUAUAAGAUUGGAAAAGAAAUGCAGAAUGCUUAGAACUGGACAUGUAUGCAUGAGAUCUGCUUGUGUAAAGAUGUACAAAAAAAAUAAAAUUUGAAAAGGAGGCAGAAGAAUGUGGACAGUCUCACAGGCAGUGUGGCGGUGAAGGAUAUUUAAAAAAAAAAAAUACAAUUAGAAAUGCAAUUUGCGUUUGGAACAGAGAGGGCAUGGAUACGGUUAUGUGUGCAUUGCUAGGGUGCAGUCAAGGAAAGGUAAGUGAUAGAAUUAUGACGUGACGUGACGUGAGGGGAGGUUUAUACACACAAUCAUAAGAAUUUUGACAGUUCCCUAGCAAUGAAAUAUCCUUGCCCCUUGCUCUCCGGCACAGGUACAUGCACUUAAAAAUACAUAAAUAAAUAACCAGUGCUUCCCAUUACUGACCCAAAGAGCACUUUCUCAGGAGCAGUUUACAUCCCUGCUUCCUUGAUCUUUAGAACCCAAACCCCCAUCUUACACCCGCAAAAUGCUUCCACCCCUUAAAUGUUUUUUUACACAAUGUGGCCACAAUCUCCAUUGAAAGCUAUUAUUGUAUCUUUUCCCGUUAUACAGAUUUCCCACCCUAAAUAUAUAGGAAAAUGUUUACACUUUUGCAAAAAUGGACAGGGAUGGGCAUGUUUUUGAUUAAGAAUGAAAUAGAGCUGGAAAGCCGCUUCAUCUAUGCAUUACAGUCCCUAUGCAGUUAAGUGUACCAGUGGAGAGUGUGAAGCUCAGAUUGGCUGAGGUGGGGGUAAGGAAGGUUUCGGGGUGGAUCAGUUAUCUCUGCUCCCAUGUCAGAGUCCUGGCAAAUGGCAGUGAGUGCAAGUGUUACAAUAUUAACGGUCAUACAAUUUGACAUCAAAGAUCGGUUUGCUUUAUUUAGCUUUUACUGCAAAACGUUUGUAUAACAGCUCUAUGAACAAAUAAAAAUGUACAUUUGAGAAGGAAUAAAGACUUUGCACCAAAAAAA